CAAUUGUUCGACAAAAUACCCGAUCUCCGACAAAUGGUAGAUGGUUACCGGUUAGUCUCUCUGUGUCUCGUUUUCCCUUCUGCUUCGUAGUCUUCUUCUUCACUUGCAGCUAUCUCGCUUCUGCCUUUGUAAGUCCUCACAGUUUCGUUGUCCUCAACCCUAAUUCCCCUUCUGCAAGUUAUCUCGGUCAGUAACUUAGUCAAUUUUGUAUCCUGGAGGUUGAGAAAUCGAAGAACGCAUAACAGCUCCCUUGGCUAGGUAAGUUCGCAUCUAAAUUUCGUUUAGUCGUUUCUGGGUAAUAGCUAACUGUAAUAUCUUUAUUUUCUUUUUAUUUUUUUGAAUUUAUGACUCUUGCGUUUGGGAAAUAGCAAGCAAUUUAGCAUGCCAAUGUCGGCUAAAGAUGCUGUUCUCAUUGUUUUUUUUUUUUUUUUUUUGGGUUUUCAUCGCGCGCGCGCGCACGCGUGGGGGGGGGGGGACCGGAAGGAAUGCCUAAAAUUUCUCAUUCAUGCUUGUCCAACCAUCUAUCUGAUGUGAUUGCAAGCCUUGUGAUUGAAAGCCUUGUGUUCAAAGACUUCUGCCUGGUUGUUUCUUCAUGUAAAUGGAACAGAAAACAAGAUGAAGGAGAAGAAUUUUCGCAAAAGGAGCACAGCUGAAUCAGGGGAAGACUCUGUUCAUAACAGCAAAAGUGAUUCAGAUGAUGACCAAGAAAGGAGAUUGGUGCUAGAGGAGGUGAAGUUCCUUCAGAAACAGAGGGAGAAGAAGUUGGGAAUUCCAGCCAUCUCUAUGACAACUCAGGUGGGUGGGGCUAGCAACAGCAACAGUGGUGGUUUGAUCCGGAAAGGAAAUGACAAAACUGAUGGGGAUGGGGAGAAGGAUGACUUGGUUUUGCAGGAUACUUUUGCUCAGGAAACUGCUGUGAUGGUUGAAGACCCUAAUAUGUUGAGAUAUGUUGAACAAGAAUUGGCGAAGAAAAGAGGCAGGAAUAUUGGUGUCGAGAAUGAAGUUGAGACUGAUAUAAAACGUGCAGAAGAUGAACUCUAUGAAAUUCCAGAGCACCUUAAAGUUAAGAGGCGAAAUUCAGAGGAAAGCUCUACGCAGUGGACUACUGGUAUUGCCGAGGUUCAGCUUCCCAUGGAAUACAAAUUGAGGAAUAUUGAGGAAACUGAGGCUGCCAAAAAGCUCUUACAAGAAAAAAGGCUCAUGAGUCGCACCAAAACUGACUCUAGUAUUCCCUCAAGUUAUAGUGCAGAUUACUUGCAACGCGGGAAGGACUAUGCCGAGAAGCUUAGGAGAGAACAUCCAGAGUUGUACAAAGACAAGGAUCUGAAGAAAAGCGAUCAGGAGUCUAGACCGGUCGAAUCAGGUGCGGAGGCAGCAGUUCAAAGACAGGCUGCCACGGAUGAGUUCAUGCUUGAGCGGUUCCGAAGGCGAGAACGGCACCGUGUAAUGCGUAGAUAGAAUGUCUUUGAACUACAAAAUCCCAGCCGGUCCUUUAUAUGGUUGCUUCCCAUGUUUGUUGCAUACUGUCUAAUUGGGGUCUAUUUAGAACUGAAUAGUGACAAAUUCUGUGAAUUUCCAGAACCGAAAUGUGGGAUUUCAAGUUAAAGCACAAUUAAUUGAUAGUUUUGAGGGCCACUCAAUGUGAAUUUUCCGGGCGUAA